UUCACGACUCUAUAAAGUGAAGCUGUAAGUGGACGAAAGAACUUACGACGACGUGAGAAAUUGUGUGGCCACACCGCAGAUGAUGGCUGGAAUCGACAGCAGCAUCAAUGGCUGCACCACAAGUCUCGAGGAUCUCCUAACCUCACCCGUCUCCCUGCCUGACUAUUCUAGUGCCCUAAGUAGAAUGGGCAGAGAUGUACAGGACAACAGACUUCGCAGGCUCUACUCUGAAGCGUGUAAGAGCGAUCAACCCAAGAUAUUUUUGUGUAACGGUCUACCGAAUGCUGAUACAUUGCCCGUUGUAGGGGCCUCAUUUCUCUUAAGAGAUGGAUCCGUUGUUGAACUGGACAGGACCGACAUGGCGGCUGUUGGAAUCUAUGGACUAUGUGAAGGACUACCAGAACUACGGGAAUGGCUAACAGAACUUCACCGAGUAGAACACGAGCCGCCACAGCUUAUCAGGACUGACCACCCAGAGCCGUUCAUGUUGACCAUAACCAACGGCAUCACAGACGGCCUCAGAGGGAUGUUUCACAUCCUACUGGAAGAAGGUGAUCACCUGUUGGUAGAAGACGUCAUUUAUCCAAACACCAUAGGCACUUUCCAACUGUUCGGGGCGAAACCUCAGAUCGUGUCGAGUGACGAGGGAGGGAUGUUGGCUCAAGAUUUAGAAGAUGUUCUAGGAACCUGGGCAACGACACAUCCCAACACGAAAAGACCACGAGUUUUACACACCAUCACAUUCUGCAACAAUCCAAAGAGUAACACGUGGGAAAUAGAAAGAAUGAUUGACAUAUACAAAGUAUGUAGAAAGUAUGACGUCAUUAUACUUGAGGAUGCAGCGUACUACUUCAUGCAGUUUCAGCAGAGGCGGCGCGGCUUCCAGUCCAUUGAUGUAGAUGGUAGAGUGUUGAGGUUCGACACCUUCUCUAAGAUACUGGGAGCAGGAUAUCGGCUAGGCUGGUUGAGUGGACCCGCUAAUCUCGUACAGAAGUUUGUGUUGAGCAUGUCACAAAACACUGUUCAUCCUAGCCUUCUAUCGCAGCUGAUGGUGAACAAACUCCUACACCAGUGGGGACUGGAGAAGUUCCACAGCGAGAUGAUCAAGUUGGCAGACACGUACCAACAGAAGGCUCGGCAUAUGGAGGCGGCUUUACAGAGAUAUAUGGGGGAUGUUGCGACAUGGAACUUCCCGAGUGGAGGGAUGUUCUUCUGGGUGAGGAUCAAAGGCGUGUCAGACACGAGCCAGCUGAUGGAGGAAGCUCUGGCAGAGGGCGUGGCCAUUGUCGCUGGGCGGCUCUUCUCACCUGAUCAAGCUCCAAAACCUUUCAUACGGUUAUCUUUCUCGGUCGCUGGAGUGGAAGAAAUGGACAGGGGUAUUGAAAUCUUAGCUGAGGUUGUCAAAAAGAUUCAAGGAAAAUUAUAA